CAAAAUGCACCAUUAGUUUACAUGUAGGCAAGUAUGACUGAAAAUGAGUGUACCGUUAUCCAAUAUCACAGGAGAAACGAUAGAACGCCAGAGAAAGAUUUCGAUAGGAGAGAGGAGACCAAUAAAAAAUUGACCAGUGAAGUGCGGCGAGCGGUAGAACGCGCUCGAAGCAAAAUCACAGACUUGCAGGAUGAUGUUGAUGAAAGGGAUGUUGUUGUAGAAACUGAGAGAUCUCUGAGAAUAGCCGCAGAAAACAGACUUCAAGAACAUUUAGUGGAUCCAUAUAAAAGUCCAGAGGUAAACCAUGAACUGAGACAGAGGCUUCCAAGAUCUAAAAAAGAUGAUCCAAAACUGUCAAGAUCAGAUCAAGAUCAAGAAGAUGAUUUAAUAGAAAAUCCAGGGGAGAUAAUCGAAGAUAUGGAAUCACAGCAAGUUACCAAAACAGACAGACCACCCAGUCCUGACCAAGUUGGACACAACAAAACAGCAAGCCAAGUAAAACGAGCUUUGGAUUUUAAGGGUGCUGAAAGGCUAAGAAAUGAUAACAGUGUCAGUGACUCAAGCAAAUCCUUUAUCAAUAAAAACAGCAUUCCUCUUACUCAUUCUAAUAUAGUGGGAUUUCCACAAUAUGUCAGCAUGCCACAGACCCCUGUGUUAUACAGACCUGGUCUGAACUCAUCCUUUAGUCCCGCUGGUGCUUACUCUUACAAUCUGACCUCUCCACGGAAUCCAUUACGAACCCCUACUGGUGCGCCAAAGGUACAAAAUAAUGACCAACCUGACGAUCAGUCAGAAAAAAUGGACACGUCUUUAAGUGUUAGUGAAUUACACACGGAAGAACUACCUCCUCAAGAGACUGCACGAUCACAACAACCUCAGCCUCAACAACCAUUCUUUAGACUGCCCUCACAUACAAUGAAUGGUUACCCUUCGCCUAUUAGGUCAUCGUCAUUUUUACAACAUCAGUCACCUAUGUAUCAACCGACAUCAAUUACAGAAUCAGUGCUUCCAUCAUAUUCCAGUCACCUUAGUCCAUCUGACCAAAAUAGACAGGUGGCGCUACUGUUGUCAGAAUUAGAUGCUGCAAAAUCUCAAAACAAAAAGUUAAUGGAGAAAAUGAUAAAUAUAGAACUAGAUUUGGAGACCGAGAGGUUGAAGGCCAAAGUUCGUGAGGCAGAUGAAAAAGGUCAUACAGAUGCUUCUGUGGCUGCAGGUAUGGUUCAAGAAGUCCAUAAAGCCCAGAGGAGAAAAGAGGAGGCCAUGAUGGGCAGAAUUAAAGUAGCCAAUCAAGAGAGAGAUGAGUCCAUGUUCCGUCUGUCUGAAAUGGAAAGACGAUAUGAAGAAAGUUUCAGUAGAGACAGAUCAGAUAGUGGUGACAUGGAGGAUGAAUUAGACUUAGAGGAGAAUUUUGACCAUUUAAUGUCCCGAGUUGGUCAGUAUGACUUCCCAAAUGUACAUGAAUACAACUCCUUAGCACAGAAACUAGAACAGAUGAAACAGAGACAGAGAGAGAUAGCUUCUGAUGAGAUGCAGGCAAUAUUGGAGCAAAGAGAUCUGGCUCUUGCUAAGGCUAGAAAGUUAGAAGAAGAAUUAAUGAAAAGACAAAGAGAAGAUACAUUCAACAAUUCAAACUCAGAACAAAAUCUUUUGGCAGAAUUGGACAUUGUUAAAAAAGAGCGCGAACUGGCACUUGCGAAAGUUAGACAGCUCAAGGAUGAAAAUGAGACAAUACGCAUUUACUACAGCCUCCACAAGUCCCUCUCCCAGGAAUCCAUUCAUCAGGUCAACAACACACUCCAUGUCAACCAAUCAAAACUAAAGGAAAAUAACACAUUAGUGGCAGAGUUACAGGAUGCCACUGUACACCGGGACCAACUUCAGGCAGAUCUUGAUAAACGGGACAGAAAACUGGAAGAGACAGCGGCACAAAUUAAAAAACUUGAAAGAUUGGUAACAGUGUUAAGGAAGAAACUCAGACAUACAGACUUAUCAGAAGAUAUUACUUCAUAAAGAAAAGGAGGGACACAAUUUUUUUUAAAUAAAUGAGGGCCAAAAAAUUAUGCAUCAGGAAGUUGGGACUACAUUUCAUGUAUUUCAUAAUAAGGGUGAAACAAAGCAGGAGAACAAAAAUUGAUGAAGAAUAACAAUAAAAAUAAUCCAAGAAGAAGCAGAUGGGGAUAGUCUGACUUCACUGGGGCACUGCAUAUUGCAACAUUUUUGUAUGCAAGCACAAAAAGUGGCUCCAACAUGGUUGAAUAAGACCUGUUACCUUGGAAAAUAUGUCGUGCAACCUUGUGACCUGAAGAACAAUAAUGAUCAUGUAUAUGUGUACAUGUGUAUGAUUUGUACUGUUUACUAUUUUUAUAUCAGUGAACUUUGUGUUCUAAGUUUCAUGUUUCUUGAAAAUAGAUGCAAUAUAUUUAAUUGCAAUAUGUGAUUUAUCUUUUCAUAACAUUUUGGAAGAAGGGUAUAUUUUUAUAUUUCAAAAUUGCAGUAUUUUCUUUAUGCUGUUAGUUUUAAUUUCAAAUUUAUUUUUCUUGUGUGCUGUACAUUAUAUUGUCUAAUUGAGAUCUUCAGUUUUCAUCUUUUACAACAGAAACCCCACAUGUGCUCAUCAGUUUUUUCUCAACUGAUCAAUUCUAUUUUAGUUGAAACAUGGAAGUAUUAUUGACCAGUUGCGAGAAAUCUGGUCAAGAAAUGUAUGUAUGGCCAGCUGAAGGACGCCUUAGGGUGCGGGAAUUUCUCGCUACAUUGAAGACUUGUUGGUGACCUUCUGCUGUUGUGUUUUUUUAUUUGGUCGGGUUGUUGUCUCUUUGACACAUUCCCCAUUUCCAUUCUCAAUUUUAUUUAGUAUGUAAAAUUUACAUGCCCAUGUCAACUAUAUUUAAAUAGAAAUAAUAAUGACCUUUAAUAUUUUUCCAAUGUCUGUAUUUAUUUCUUCAUGUUUUUACAUAACCUAUUCUAUAUAAUUAUCUACAAGAUAAAUUAUUAUUUCUAUAGGUAUAAAGGGCUGGCCACCCUAAGAAAUGCCAGUUUUAAAAUUAUCAUAGAAUAAACCUUUUCUCUCUUUUGUAAUUUUCAUUAAUGUCUACAAGGUGCUAUUGUCCCCAUUCUUUUUUCGUCCCAUAUCAUUGAUAUAAUGUUAUUUUAUUUUGAUUGAAGGAACUAAGAAUAUUUUUCUUUAAUUUCAUUGCUAUUUGUGCUGAUUCCAAAUGUUUACUGCCUUAUAUAUUUUUGGUUGUGAAUUUAUUUUUGUUAAUUUGUUGUAGAAAUAUUUACUUGCCUUAUGUGAUAUUAUCUUAUUGCUAUUUUAUUGUUAAUUGUCUUUAUUUUUUAAAUAUUUAAAGAGUCUUUUUUUUUUUUUUUACAUAUAUUUAAAUUGCAAUACAUGUAUAUAUUAUAUAUAUAUAAUUGUUUAUAUCUGUCUUCUUGAACUGCAAUCCAAACCCUUUUUGGUCAAUUAUAUUGUUUUGACGUUUGUCGUUUUACCUGCUUUAUUAUGUCACAAAUUUUUCAUUACAUUCUUGAAAGAAGAUUAUUAUUUACCAGUAUUUAUAUAGGUAACCGAAUUCUUUUAAAAUAUCUUUUGAAAAUAUUGUUCGCAGAUAUUUAAUCCAACAAUUAAAUGUUUUAUAUAUUAGCUUAAAUUUAAUUUGAAUAACCAGUAAGCAUAUUUAUUUAAAUUAAUUAUUCUGUAAACUAAAUUAUAUCAAGUAGCCUCCCUUUAGCAACCUGAAUGGGAGAUAAUUCAAAUUGUCUCCCAUAGCUAAUUUCUCAAAGGGAGAUAACUAUUAUUUGUUACUUUUAUUCUGUAGAAAAAAUAUAUUUACAUCAGAAAUCCUAAAUUUAUGUUUAUCCUAACAUUCCGUCCCCAUAUACAACCUAAAGAUAUACCAGUGUGAAAUAGGAAUCAGAAAUAAAAUAUUACAAAUUA